CGGAAGUAGAAGUCAGCCCGCGAGUUUCCAUCGCAAGCGAAAAUUCUCAAUAAAACACUACAAAUUAAUCAUCAUUUAAUCAAAGUUAAAAAAGAGAGUUAAUUACGAAUUAUUCGCUCGUAAAAAAGUGAUCAUACCUAAACAUACAAAGUAAAGUAAUUUGAAUUCAAUUAACCACCAAUGUGUGUAACAAUCAAAAUAAAUCUUGAAAAACAACAGCCGCGGAAACACAACAAUAACAACAGAAACCAUGGGCAAAUGCCAUUCGGCGCGUCAAGUGAAUUAAGCGAUUUUUAAAGCUUUACGCUAAAUGAAAUUUGAAUUGCCAAAUUGUGCACUUGUGUCUGCAAAUUAAAUUACGCAAAUCAAAUAAAUGUUUUAACCAAAUAAAAAUAGGAAUCGAAAAGAAUACGAAGUGCAAAUAAAAAUGCUGUGCAAAAAUUAACAACUAUAGUGUAAAUAAUUCAACAAAUAUUUUAUAGCACCAGACAGAUAAAAUUAAACGCAGAAAAGCAAAACAACGAAUACGACAAAAUGUUUAUUCUAACGGUAGUUAAAUUGCUGCUGAUAGCAUUGAAUAUAUUUCCCAGUCGCUUCACAAAUCGACGGAUUAUGUUCCUCAUCUACAUGACAAAUCUGGUGACGCACGUCAUGAUGGAUGAGCCACGUUUUGCGCAGCCGAUACCAAACGUCACCGUUGCUGUGGGUCGAGAUGCCAAUCUGCCCUGCGUUGUGGAGCAUUUGGGUGGCUACAAGGUGGCCUGGAUUCACAUAGACAGGCAAAUGAUACUGACCAUCCACCGGCAUGUGAUAUCGAGGAUACCGAGAUAUAGCAUCACCUACACGGACAACACGUGGCUGCUGCACGUGAAUCAGGCUCAUCAGGACGAUCGCGGCUACUAUAUGUGCCAGGUCAACACCAACCCGAUGAUUAGCCAAGUGGGCUACCUACAGGUGGUCGUGCCCCCAAAUAUUUUGGACAUUGAGAGUACGCCGUCGUCGGUGGCGGUGCGUGAAAAUCAAAAUAUCAACAUGACGUGCCGGGCCGAUGGCUUCCCGGCCCCAAAAAUCAUUUGGCGGCGCGAGGAUGGAGAGGAAAUUGCCGUCGAAAAGAAGAAGAAAGUUCUCGUGUACGAUGCUGAUGUCCUGCCGCUAACCAAAGUGAGUCGCAAUGAAAUGGGCGCCUAUUUGUGCAUCGCCACCAAUGGAGUACCGCCAUCGGUGUCCAAGCGCAUCAUUCUGGACGUGGAGUUCUCGCCAAUGAUUUGGGUGCCGAAUCAACUUGUUGGCGCCCCAUCCGGCACAGAUGUAACCAUCGAUUGUCACACGGAGGCGCAUCCCAAAGCCAUUAUCUAUUGGGUAUACAAUUCGGUGAUGGUGUUGCCGAGCAAAAAGUAUAAAACCGACUACACGGAGAACUCCUAUCGUGCCCACAUGAAGCUGACGAUAAGAAACCUACAAUAUGGUGACUUUGGCAACUAUCGAUGCAUCUCGAAGAACUCGCUGGGGGAAACGGAAGGCUCCAUACGUGUUUACGAAAUACCUUUGCCAUCCACACCAUCCAAGCAGGUCACCCACACCACCGUCGAGUCCAGGGAGAACAAUAUCAUACCCUCAUCACGCAACGACACAACGAAAUCCCUGCAAACGGAUGUGGGAUAUGCCAUGAAGAACGAUUUAUAUCCAGGCUCGGCCUCCUCGUCAUCUUCGGGAGGCAGUUCCUCGGCGGCCUCGUCCUCCUCCUCGAUGCAGACCUCGGCUUUGCCAGGAGGAGUGGCGGGAAAUAGUCUAUCAUCGAUGGGCUCCAAAGGAUCCUUGGCGAUAGGCAAGAGCACGUUCUACACAGAAAGACCACCGAAUGAGUACGCCGCCUCGUCAGUGGCUGGCCUGCUGCUUCAUAGAGCAUUGCUGUUCGGCUCUGGAAUCUAUUUGACCCUGCUUUGAAAUCAAUAAGUCGUUUGAGUUAAUCAAUAAGCAUUUGGAAAAUGCAGCCAAAGGGGGUCUAGAAAAACGGGGGAAUAGCUUAGGUACAUCAUCACAUUUCAUAGCUGAAAGUAUAUCAAAAAUCCAAUAAUAAUAAUUAACAAACAAAACUGCUUCAAACUUGGCUCACUUCACAGCUAUAGGAAUUUGUAAAAUUAUUAAAAUAAAAUUGAAAACCUAAAGAAAAAGAAGAAGUAUUUUGCAGAACAAUAAAAUGCUCAUUGUAUGUAUAGAACUUAUGGAAUUCGAAGCUUAAGAUAAAUUAACGAUCAUAUGAAAAUCGUAUGAAAAUCGAAUUGUACAAUACACAUAUAUUAGAGUUAAAAAAGACUUGAGAUGAAUUGCUUGUCACAAAAACGAACCAUUAAAUUAAUUAUAAAAUGCGCCCAAAGCAAAGCUUUUCUAGAGCAAGAAUCAUUUAACAUAUUUACUUGAGUUGUAAUAUUUUUACUUUUACCAUAUCCCAAACUGAAACACUGAAGCUUAACUAUUCAAUAUCAACAUUAUAAUUGUACAAAUUUAUUUCAAUUUAAACAUAUCUUAAUAUCAUAUCUAAAUUUUUAAGACACUUUUUAAUCUCCUUUAGUUACUUUCAAACCUUUUCUUUUGUCCCAUUAUCAGCAGCAAUCGUACUUAUUCGUUCAAUCCGUGUCGAAGUUUUCACCCCUUUUUCCAACUGCAGCAAAGAAUUCCAAUUUAUUUAAUGAAGAAAAAAGUCGACGGGAUGUCAGGUCAGGCCACGCCUCCUUUUCGCCCAUCGAUAGCUCUGAAUUUGGUUGCCAAGCGACAUUUAAACGCCUUGAAAAUGUCAUUCAUUUUAACCGUUUCCCCGCUGUCAGUGGGACGACAAAAAAUUUGCAAUAAUAAUUUGCAAUACCUUGAUUCCGUUUCCUGGUCUUUCGGAAGCCAGGAAACCCUCGUCAUCGUCAUCAUCGGCGGCUUUUGUGCACUUCCAUCACUUUUUAAUAAAUGUGCAUGCUAAUUAUAUUAUUACUCAUACGACCCGUUGCCAUGUGUGUCCUUUCGCUGUCUGUUCUCCUCCGCCUCUGGCGCUGCCUCUCCGCGCGAAAUACUUGCAAUUAAUUUCAGCAUAAAAUUGCGUGGCCUGCGGUCCCUUGGCCCCGCACAAUGACACACAGUUAACAUGUCCAAUUUAUUGGCCAUAACUCAUGCCCGGGAUCGACCAAGGAGUGAGUGAGAAGGAUUCCGGAUCCCAGGAAGCAGGAACCAGGAUCCAUGGCCAAUCCAGAGACAGACAUCCGCGCCAUCGACGUGGCAAAGAAAAAUGACAUUAAGGCCAGAAGAUAUAUGGCCCAUUUGCAUAUAGGUUCAUGUAUGUAUGUAUGUACUAUAUGUGUCCAUGUAUAUGUAUAAAUAUGCGGAGGGUUGCAGGUUAAAGGCCUGCCAAUUUACAGUAUUUAUGCCCCAACGUCGCCGUUGCACGGUUUUAAUAAUUCAACUUGUGUUGCAUAAAGUUUGCAUUGACAUAAACAUAAUGAACGAUGGAAAACCGCAUGCGAAAUUGCCAUUCUGCUUUCUCCAUCCGCAUCCACACGCGCCUUGCCCUUUCGUUUAUUAACAUUGUUAAUGCCAAAAGGAGAAAAGCGCAUUCAGCGUUGAAAAUAUUGAUAAUCAACAUUGUGUCCUGUAUGCGUCGACGCUUCGACAAUAACAAAAUUAAUGCAUUUUAUUUAAUUUUACCCAGAGACGGGCACCGGAAAAUAAGGUCGCCAGUGCAGUUAACUUCGACAAUGCGGCUAAUUAAGCAUUAUAAAUGCAGAUCAAAAGCCAGGCCAAGGAUAUUGUGACAAUCUUUAGGGAGUCGUAUAUUUUUCAGCUGUCGCAUAUUGCCAGGCAUUUAUUAUUUAUUUAAAUUGUCAGGCAUAAUGAACUAAUUUCCACACAGUUUGCAUUGUUUAUUUGGGGCUUUAAUAAAUUGCUCGUCAAAUAUUUGCCGUAUUUAGCCACACAUUUUAUUUUUAAUUAGUAAAUUGCGCUAAUUAAAAUUUCAGUUAUGUUUGUAAAUAAAUCCUUUUAAUUGAGGUCAUAUCCAUAACCAAAUGUAGCUGUAAAUACAUUGUGACCCUUUUAGUUGCGUGUAAAUAUGGGAAAUAAUAAUUAAGGCAUCACUUAAAAAAUCAACAAUUGAAUCAGCCAGAAAAUAACUUCAAGCAUACUAGUCAAAAACUCUGGCAUAAUUAACAAAGCCAAAAGAGAUUUGUGUAAAGUUCGUAAGGUUCAUCGUACUUGAUUUGGCAAGUAAUAUGAUAAAGUAAAAAACCUAUAUAAAAAAACUAUAUAGCCUAUACAAAGUAAUUAAAUUGUCUGUUGCCUGUAUUUAAAAAAAAUAGCUGAUCAUCAAAUGAAAUAUAUGUAAAAUGUUUAUAGCUUUUUGUGCGUAAUAAACAAGAACGGAUGUGUUUUCCUAUGAAGAGGUUGGCAAUUUGUAAAAUACGUAUAAAACUAUUCAUAAAAAGUAUAGUUUCAGAAAUCAAUGUAUUUAUAUAUAUUCCGUUUUUAUGACUUUUUCUUAGUUAUAUUCGGUAUUUAAAGAUCAAAAUAAUUGUUGCGUUAUAGGAGAUGGCUUAGUUAAUGUUUAAUAACUUUAGUUAAAUAUAAUAUUUAAAGGAUAUUAAGUUCUUAUUAACCCAAAUUUGAGCUGAUUUAUUAAUGCCUAACUUAUGUAUAAAAAACAAUGUCGAAAGAAACGCAAAAUGAUGGUAAAUUAAUUAAAUCUACGAUUAAGAUUGAUAAAACUACAUUGUAAGCAGUUACAUAAUUAUGCGAUAAUAAUUAAACAAUAAAACUUUAGGUUGAUUGAUACAAAAAAGAAAGCGAACCGAACAAAAACCA